AUGACUGAUCUUCAAUCAGUACUUGAAACUCAAAUGAUGAAACUUCAAUUAGCUGAAGCUGCCGAACUUGAAGAUGGAAAAUCUCAAAAGCAAUGUUUCAAAUCACUUCUCAAGAAAAGUGAGAGGCCUUUGAAGAUGGUUUCAGCAGCGUACUACAUACCAAAAGACCAGAAACUGAAGCCUCAAGGUGAGGACGCCCACUUCAUCUGCGCCGACGAGCAGGUGAUCGGCACGGCAGACGGGGUCGGCGGCUGGGUCAGACAAGGCAUUGACGCAGGCGAGUACGCCCUAAAACUCAUGAUCAACUCCGCCGACACUGUUCGCAAAAUUAAGGCCUCAUCAUCAUCAUCAGCUAUUGAUCCAAAAAAAGUUCUUUACCAGGCUUUUGUCGGUGCAAGGAAGAUAAAAGGCUCCUCGACCGCUUGCAUCGUCGCCCUCAACGGCCGCGUUUUGCACGCAGCUAACGUCGGAGACAGCGGGUUCAUAGUGUUCCGGGACAAGCAGUUCUUGUACAGGUCGCCAACGCAGCAACGCGGAUUCAACCGUCCGUACCAGUUAGGGAACCAUUGGUCAAGCGACCGUCCCCAUUGCGCUUCGGAACCGAAAGUUCCUGUGAUGGUUGGAGACAUUGUGGUGCUUGGAACUGAUGGAUUGUUGGAUAAUUUGUUUAUUCGGGAGAUGGAGAUUAUUAUAGAGAAGACGGAGGAAGUGAAACCAGAAAAGUUGGCGGAGGAAAUAGCAAGAAUGGCUUAUUUUAAGUCUUUGAAUGAGGAUUGUGAAACUCCUUUUUCGAGUACCAUGUGUAAAUUUUUGGGCCGCCAAAAGCUCGGAGGAAAAAAGGAUGAUAUUACAGUAAUAGUUGGCCAUAUUGUUGGCAAGUAA